AUGUUUUGUGUUGAAUUGACUUCAACCACUCGAUGUGUUUGUAAAUGUUGUACAUCAAGUGGUUGUGAUGCUUCAACAUCCGUUGGAUCGACAAAUCAAUCGUUUGAUUUAAGUCUUCUUUGCAACGAUGUCACGUGUAAUCGAGUUUCAUGUUCAACAAAUUUUCUUGGCAAUUGUCCAAUUGUUGGUGCUGCUGGUGAUGUCGAUUCAACAUGUGAUGCGACAAAAUUAACAACGUUUAAUAUGAUUAUGUUAACGAUGGAUAAUGUUCGUUUGCGUGCGAUAAUUUUGAAUUUACAAGAUCGUCUUUCGAAUGAUGAUCGGAAACGACUUCAUUUCUAUCUUGGUAACGAUGUUCCACGACGAAUUCGAGAUGAUCCAACACUUGGCGGAACUCUCAAUCUAAUGGAUUCACUAUUUGAUCAAGAUAAAAUCAAUGAAGAAGAUUUUACUUAUCUCAUCGAAGCUUUCGAUCAAAUCCGUUGUUUUGACGCUGCGAAACUAUUGAAAGAACAUUUAAAUCGAAAUAUGUUGAAUCAAUCUGCACAAAGUUUAUCAGUUAUUAUGCCACCCCUGUUCGAAGCAUUGACUGCAGAUCAAGAGGAAGGAGAUGGAAUCACUUUUUCAUCGAAAGAAACUACAACAUCGACAUCAACCCCAAUUCCACCCUCAAGUAAAAAGUCGUUUUUGAUUAACGAUAAAAGGAUUCCCCAUAUACCAGGCAAAGCGUAUUGGCAACAGAAUGGUAUAACUAUCAUCGGAGGUCGACAGAAAGAUAAUGUGACUUAUCGAGUUUAUCAUCCACAUGGCAUUUUCAUUGAUGAUGAUCAAAAUUUUAUCAUUGCUGAUCGUGACAAUCAUCGAAUUGUUCAAUGGAAACAAGGAGAUGAUGAAGGACAGGUCGUAUUUGGUGGUCGAGGAAAUGGAACUGCAUUAGAUCAAUUAUCUAAGCCAGUUGAUGUAUUAGUCGAUAGAAUAUCUAAUUUUCUCAUCAUUUGUGAUCAAUCCAAUCGAAGAGUUCUUCGCUGGUUUAGAAACAGUUCAAGCAAAACUGGAGAAAUUCUCAUACAAAAUAUUCGCUGUGGAGGAUUAGCCAUCGAUCAUCAAAGAUAUCUUUAUGUUUCUGAUAAUAAGAAUCAUCAAGUCAAAAGAUAUGAUAUUGAUGGGACAAAUGAAAUUGUUGUGGCUGGUAAUGGAAAUCCAGGUGCAGGAUUACAUGAACUAAAUAGUCCAACUUUUAUUUUUGUGGAUCGACAACAAAAUGUUUUUAUUUCGGACACUGAGAACCAUCGCGUAAUGCAAUGGAAAAAAGAGACAAGAAUAGGUAGACAAGUCGCAGGAAACGGUACAGCAGGAAGUCUUGCGAGACUUUUACGAUAUCCAGAUGGAAUAUUUGUUGAUUCAUUUAAUACGGUUUAUGUGUCAGAUUAUCAAAAUGAUCGAGUCAUACGUUGGAAACAAGGAGCAGCUAAAGGAAAACUUGUGGUGGGUGGAAAAGGUGAAGGAUGGCAAAAUGAUAUGUUAGAUGGACCACGUGGUUUAUCUUUUGAUCGAUAUGGACAUCUUUAUGUUGUCGAUUGUAAUAAUAAUCGUGUACAAAAGUAUUUAAUUCAAUAG